AUGAAUAGAAAAGUACUAAAACAAACCCAGGGCUACGGCAUCCAACUCCCUCCCUCCAACCGACCCUUCACAGCCCCCUUCCUAGAAACCAUGGUCCUCCCACCCCACCUCUCAACCGAAAACUGGUACGCCUCCUUCCAAACCCACCUCACCACCGCCUCUGCAAACCGCCCCUGGACAUGGGCCGAAGUCCGUCCCGACGCCAUCAUCGGCUUCGUCCCCAACGGCAGCACAUUCAACCUCGCCGCCCACUGGGCGACCUACCUCUCCGCCUAUGCCCUCCUCGAAGCCCCUGGCUCCAAAGUCCCAUAUCCAGGAACCAAUGCAGGCUACGAAUCUCUCUUCAACGACGCAAGUGCAUCCAUCAUCGGCCGUCUCACCAUCUACGUCUCUCUGCACCCUGAGACGUGCGGAGGCGGGAAGUUAUUCAACAUCGCGGACCAGGAACGGCCGACGAGUAUGAAGGAGCGGUGGCCGAAGAUAUGCGAGUAUUUUGGGCUUGUAGGUGUUGCACCUCUGGAUGAAGGGAAGGGUAAGUUGCUUCCUGGGGAGUAUUUGAGGGUUAAUAGGGAGAGGUUGGAGGAGAAGGGGUUGAGGGGGGUGGAUGUUUGGAAGGGUGAUUUCUUGGAUACUUAUGGCUUUUAUUGUAAUUUUGAUAGGCAGUUGAUCUUGAAGAGAAUUAGGGAGGUUGGGUUUAGUGAGGAGAGAGAUCCGCAUGGAAGUUGGGUGGAGGCGUUUGAGGGGUUUAGGAGGGCCGGGAUGAUUCCAGGCUAG